AUGACGACGACGGCGAUGACGACGAGGAGCUUCUCCUACGGAGGAGGAGGAGUACUCCCAGCAACAAAAACUUUAGCGAACCACCACCACCACCACCCACGGGGACGCAACAACAAGAAUACUAAUAAUACUAACAACAACAACAGUAACAACAUCGUUCACUUUUCGCGAGCGACGUCUUCCACCUCCUCGUCGUCGUCUUUCUCUCUCUCUGGGGGGUGCGCGUCGUGUUGUUCAUCAUCCUCAAAAUCAUCAUCGGUAUUAAGAAGAAGAUCAUCAUUCAGAGUAAGAGCCACGGGGACGGGAGAGGGAGAGAACGAAGAAGAACAAGUAAAGAGCGAUGGAAACAACAACAACAACAAUUUCAACGGGGGCGACGAUCAAUUCAAGCGAGCUCCCGGAGAAGAUCAGGAAAAGUUUCAGAAAUCCGUCGCCGAUUCGCCUUUUUCGAGAAAGAGAAUACAACCUUUACCGAGUAAGUUUGGCGUGUCCGAUCGAGCCGCCGGAGCGAAACAGAAUUUACCGUUUAAUCAAACCACGAAUAGAGCAGGGAAGGAUGCGCCUACGACCUCUUCUUCUUCUUCUUCGGCGGGAGAGAGUAGUAGUUUCGCGGCGGCGGCGGCGGCGAGGAGUCCCUUCGAUAACGUGUCGCCGCCGAAAUCCUCGCCGCCGACGCCGCCGAAAUCUCCAUUCGCUGCUUCGUCAGCGGCGGCGAGCACUAGCACGCCAUCCUCGCCGUUUGCGAAAGUUUCUUCUGCCACCAACGCGAGUGCAUCUCCGAUGGCGCCGAUGAAGCCGGCUACAAAGGUGAAGAAUCCAUUCAACGAACCGGACGCGGCGACAUACGGCGCGAAACCGAUGAAGGUUGAUAAACCGAAAGAAGUGAAAUUCGAAAUUCCUAAGGUGUCGUUUGGACAAAUUUUCAUCGUUUUAUCGUUCACGACGAUUAUUGGAUUGAUGAUUGGAACGUUUUGGGUCGUGUGGAACUCUGGAGGUAUUCGUUUCAACGAGACGUAG